AUGGAGGACUGCGGGAUCGAGUUUCUAUCAAUUUUUCUUGUCACAAGUAUUUACAAGUUCUCUCCGUUAAGGUGCGAGGAUCUUCAAUUAGGGACGAAAUCAGAAUUCAUUGUUAUGGAUUCAACAGUCAUGUUUAUUUGUAAGUAUGGGUUGCAGAUUUUUCUGAUGAGGUUAUCGGGUGGUGGUAAGUUGAAGGAUGUCUUAAGCAGCAUUUGUAGUAGGUGGAAGAAUCUGUCGAUUGGGAGUAAUUGUGAUCGCAUAAAUACAAAAGUUGAUGAGAAUGAACAUAGUAGCCGGUUAAUUGUUGGUAGUACUAUUGAUGAAGUGGAUGAUGUUGAUGAAGUUGUUGAUGAUGAGGUAGAAUAUGUGGAUGGAAUGGACCCCGCGGAAAAGUACUGUAAACAUACGGAGACUAGGUAUUUGACUGAAGCUUGGGCUAAUUUGAUAAAGGGUGUUGGACAAGAGUUUCCUAAAGGGUGUGAAUGGAAGGUGCAUGCUAUUUUAAAUAGAACCAAUGGAGUAUUUCAUAUUAAAAAGUGUCAUAAUGAGCAUAAUUGUGGGUCAACAUACCGAACCAAUAAGCAUAAGCGCGUGUUAUCCCGUCUGGUUGCAAAUGAGAUAGCUGGGAUUGUUGAGAAAAAAUCCAAGACUUCUCCAAUCGACAUGCAGGAUUGGUUUACGGACAAGUAUGGUCUUGAUUUGUGCUAUCAUAAUGCUUGGUUAGGUGUGGAGAAGGCAAGGGGGGAAUUGUAUGGAGAUUAUGAAGGUUCAUUCGAUAGGCUUCGGUGGUACGUUGAAGCUGCAAGGGCUACAAAUCCGAGGAGCGUAUUGAGGCUAGAAUCUGAUCCUGUAACCAAAGAGUUUUCACGGCUAUUUGUGUCGUUUGAUGCUUGUAUCAAGGGGUUCAAUUACUGUCGGCCUUUUCUGUGUCUUGAUGCCACCCAUUUGAAAGGUAGAUUCAAAGGAACACUCCUUGCCGCAACAGAAAAAGAUGCAAAUCAAUGUUUAUUCCCUAUAGCUUAUGCAAUUUGUGACGCUGAAAAUGAUGCUAAUUGGACUUGGUUUAUUGGCCUUUUGAGGAGUACAUUGUCCACUUGUCCUAUUACCUUUAUUACUGAUCGUAACGCAGGUCUUGUCAACAACAUUCCUAUUAUGUUCCCCGGUUGUCAUCAUGCAUACUGUCUUUAUCACCUACAGUUUAACUUGAAGGAUCACUUUCCUGGUCGGUUUAGGAAAGGUUUUCGGAACAAGCUCGUAGAAUUGUUCAACAAAUGUGCAUAUGCUUCAUCGGUGUCGGUUUACAAAGCUGCGGAGGAAGAUUUUUACCAAUUUGGUGGGGAUAAAGCUAGGACCUUUAUUGCAAGUGUCCCUAAAGAGCAUUGGAGCAACGCGUAUUUUAAAGGUCAACGGUACGACGAGAUGAGCUCUAGUGCUGUGGAGUCGUUUAACAAUUGGAUUCUUAAAGCUCGAGAAAUGGCUGUUUUUUAUUUAGUUGAUGAACUUCGUCGCAAAAUUAUGAAGCAAAUGGCAGCUAGGAGAGUAAAGUCGAUGAAAUGGAAUUCAGUUAUUUGUCCGAAUAUGGAUAAGAAGCAUACUGCAACGGUUAUUAUAAAAGCUUGCGGAGGGGAAGGAACUUUGGUGGACCACAUGGAUCCGUUAUACCUUGUCGAUGCGUAUCGGCGUGCAUAUGAAGAACCCAUAUAUCCAGUUGUAGAGAGUGACAUUCCUGAUUUUACAAAGGAAGGUGACCAAGUUAUAAACCCUCCACGGAACAGGCAGCCAGCAGGUAGACCCAAAGUUAAACGCGUUCGUUCAAAGGGUGAAGAGUCAUAUACUAGGCCAAAUAAAUGUGGGAGGUACACUAUAUAUAACCAUGACUUGGAUAGCAGAACAGCAGACCUUUACACAUUCCGCUUUACACAUUCUGUUACAAAAGCCUUUAGAACGUCAGAUGUGGUUAAAUUGGACAGCAUAACAGCAUCAAAACAGCUUCAUAACAAGCAGCAAAAUAGCAGCAACCUAGCUUCAGAAUACAGAGAAACUGCAGCAGAUGAGAUUGCAGCCAUAUAA